AUGGAUUCAUCUUACUCGACGCCGUUAACUGACCUUAGAUGUAGCAGCUCUCCGCCGCUUCGUCCUCGUCAGCAGCAAAAGAAGGCGCUUCCUGAGAUUGUGUUUGCAACGCCGCAGUCGUGCUGCCAUACUCUUGUUUCCAUGUCCACGAUUGGAGAUGAUGAUAUCGAUUCUAUGUUUGAAUCUCCUGGAACGACGUUUUCACCAAAAAGCUUCAACAGCGAUACAAGGAACAGUAGAGCAAGUGCAAGUAGUGGUGUUGAAACAAUUCUCUUACAACAAGUAGACUUGCCAAAGAAGAAUGGGAAGAGACACACAAGAAGGACCAUUGCUCUUGGGGACGAGGAACGAAAUUCCUCCAUGCCCAUCUUCAAGCCCCAAAGGAGAAAGUCCAUGGAAUACUCUGCUCCGAUGGAAUCUGCAUUAGACGCUAUCUCGUUUGACGUUGUGCCAUCAGAGGCGGGUGACAAGAUUUUGGUGGAUGGAGGUUAUGAGAGUGACGCUCCAGAGAAUUGUGAUGAGGCUUCCACCGUUUCCAUACCGUCUGCAAGUGCGAAAUGGUCUUCUCCUGUGACUACCGAGAGCCUGAAGAAACCAAUGCGAAAGUCGAGCAUUGGUUACAAUCGUCCCCGUUCUCCGUAUCCAUCUUCCGCCCAUUCCAGAUCCACACACUCGAGAAGCAGGACAUGA